UACUGAAUGCGUCUGAAUGCGCUCCAUGCACUCAAUGCAAUGCAUGAAACGGAACGCACCUUAUAGUUAUCUACUUUGUGUCAAUGAUAAUAUUUACGUUGCGUGUAGUAUGAAUCAUGCAUAAUAAUUUUCCUUAAAACAAUUAUAAUUACAAUUUAUGAAGAGAAAUCAGUUGUACAAUAUGUCUUUAUCAAGUUGUACAGAUAAAAUCAAAUAUAUUUAUCAAUUGCCAGUUUUCGAGCGAAAGGAACUUUGCAACAUACUUAACCAAAAUGAUAAAUGGGAAGAGCUUGCUGGAAUAUGGAUGGAAUAUGAUAUGUUGACGAUACAAUGUUUGCGGAGGGAAAAAAAUCCAACAGAUGAAUUAUUAACAAUGUGGGGCCAUUAUAAUCAUACAAUAUUGGAAUUGUUUGUUUUGUUAUCCAGAAUGCAGCAUUAUCAAGCGAUGGUACCAUUAAAACCAUUUGUUGAAGCUAAAUUUCAUAAAUUACUGUAUAAUGGAGAGGGUAACCUUCAGAAAGUACUUGGAAAACGACUCAAUAAGAACACUAAAGAUUUAAAGAUAGGCACGCAAAAUUUCAAUCAAGUUAUACCACCAGAACCAAACGUACCAAAAAUUGUUAUCAAACCGAAUUCUAAAGAGGAAUCUCAUAAAAUAUUAAACCAACCAAUGCAAGCUAUGCAAAUUGGAAUUACUCCAAGCAAUUCGAAUAACUUACUUGUUGCUUCUCAGGCAGGAGCAUAUCCUUUACCACAUUCUAUACAAAAUGUUCCAAGUGAUGAAAAGAAUAAUGAUGUAACAAUUCCACGUACAGAAGCAACUCUACCACAUGCUACUUAUAAUGAAUUAUCCGUAGCUACAAAUGAAUGGAAUAAAUACAAUAUAUUAGGGAAAGGUGGUUUCGGAACUGUGUAUAAAGGGACUUGGAAAAAUACAGAUGUAGCUAUUAAAAAGAUAGAGAAAAGGGGACCCGAUUCAGAUGAAAGUUAUAUACUCCAACUUCAGCAAUCGCUUAGAGAAAUAAAGAUUUUGAAUUCUUGUCCACAUGAAAAUAUUUUACCAUUGUAUGCAUACAGUUUAGAUGGCAGAGCACCUUGUCUUGUGUAUCAACUUAUGAAAAAUGGAUCUUUAGAGGAUAGAUUAUUAGUGAAACAAAAGAGCCAACCAUUAACUUGGAUACAGCGUCAUGAAAUUGCUAAAGGAACUGCACGUGGUCUACAAUAUUUGCAUACAAUUGGAGGGAAACCUUUGAUACACGGUGACAUAAAAAGUGCUAAUAUUUUACUCGACAAAAAUUUUGAACCUAGAAUCGGUGACUUUGGCUUAGCAAGAGAGGGUCCCGAGAGAGAUUCCAUGAAAGUAAGUAAAAUUCAUGGUACUAGACCGUAUCUUCCAGAAGAAUUUUUACAUGGCCGAAAAUUAUCUACAAAGGUAGACACUUAUAGUUAUGGUAUUGUUUUGUUUGAAUUGGCUACUGGUUUGUCGGCUUAUGACGAUUCUAGGUUGGAAAAUAAAUUUCUGAAAGACUUCAUUGACAGCUGGGAAGACAGAUAUCUUCCUUUAUUAAUAGAUAACAAAGCAGGUGAGAAAGACAAACAGGUUUAUAAUAAUUUAAUGUUUUUGGGAAAAUGGUGUACUAAUCAUAUGGCACAAAAUAGACCUGAAAUGGAUUAUGUGUUCAAGAAAUUGAAUGACUUAUAAUUUUGAUAUUAUGUUUGAAAUUGUAAUGUAUAUCUUAUUAUAUCGGUACAUAUUUUUCUUAUGCAACAAACUAUUAAUGACUCCUAUGGAAUCUUUCUCUUGUUAAAUCGUAUGGCUUGCACUAGUUUUGUUAUAGCUAUAGAGUUUGUAAAUAUCUUUUUGGUAAGAUAAAGUUUAAGUUGCGCUUUGUAUAAG